AGCAGCAACAAGAGUGUCGAGUGCCAGAGCGUUUUUAUUGUCUGACACUCGAGUACGCAACGUGAUUCUGGAAGUGAAACAGUUGACAGAUUUUGAUGAGCAAGUUGGCUGAGUGGAUGGCGGUUUUGUUACUUCUGAGAGGAGGAAGCAGUGAGAGUGACAGCGACGCCUAAGUCUAAACAAGUGUUGGCUUGUCUUCAUUUGCCAAGCAACAGUGUCGAGCAUUUUUGAAUACUGCUAUACACAAUUAGAAAUAGCAAUCAGGGUGCUGCCAACUUACUCCCAAAGAGCUUGAAAGACACACUAUAGCAUCAAACAUGCAAGCAUACAAAUUGAAAGAUCGUUCUAUUGUACAACUCCUGGUUCUGCUGCUGCUCCUGCGCAGCGUUCGCACCUGUCCUCCUGAAGUUUGCGUCUGCAAAUGGAAGGGCGGCAAGCAGACAGUGGAAUGUGGCGGUCAACAGCUACCUUCCUUGCCCGAGGGCAUGGACCCAGGCACCCAGGUGCUCAACUUCAGCGGCAACGCUCUCCAGGUGCUGCAAAGCGAGCGAUUUCUGCGCAUGGAUCUACUUAAUUUGCAGAAGAUCUUUCUCUCCCGUAACCAACUCAUACGGAUACAUGAGAAGGCUUUUCGUGGACUGACAAAUCUUGUGGAGCUGGAUCUCAGCGAGAACACACUCCAGCAUGUACCGAGCGAAACUUUUCAGGACUAUAGCUCCCUUAUGCGCCUCUCACUGAGUGGGAAUCCCAUACGAGAGCUCAAGACAUCGGCCUUUAGGCAUUUGUCAUUCCUAACCACACUCGAGCUCUCUAAUUGCCAAAUAGAGCGCAUUGAGGACGAAGCCUUUGUGGGCAUGGAUAAUUUGGAGUGGCUGCGAUUGGAUGGCAAUCGCAUUGGUUUCAUACAAGGUGCUCACAUACUGCCCAAAUCGCUGCAUGGCAUUAGUUUGCACAGCAAUCGUUGGACCUGCGACUGUCGACUGCUCGACGUCCAUUCCUGGCUGGUCAACUAUAACACGCCACUGAGUGAGGAGCCCAAGUGCAUGGAACCGACACGACUGAAGGGUCAGAUCAUAAAAGGUCUGCGUAAAGAGGAACUGGCGUGCCUUCCCGAAGUAAGUCCACAGUCGACAUACACUGAAGUCUCGGAGGGUCGCAAUAUGUCUAUCACUUGCAUGGUGCGAGCGAUACCCGAGCCCAAGGUACUGUGGCUUUUCAAUGGACAGGUGAUGAGCAACGACAGUUUCGUGGAUAACUUACACAUGUACUAUUACAUAGACGAGAGUGGAAGCAGUGGUGCCGAAGAGAAGCGCAGUGAGAUAUUCAUCUAUAAUGUAGGUGCUGAAGACAACGGGACCUUCUCCUGCGUCGGUCAAAAUAUUGCGGGUACCACGUUUAGCAAUUACACGUUGCGUGUCAUUAUCAAGGAGCCACCGGUGGUGAAUGAGGUUUCGUUUCCACGAGACUAUAUGAACUAUAUUGUAGCCAGUAGCGCUGGAGGAGGCAUUAUCUUUCUCGUCCUCCUCUGUACCAUUGUGGUCAAGUGCAAACAAAAAGAACCUGCGAAGAGAAAGAAAUGUGGCACUGGUGGUGGAGCAGUCACAAGUAUUGCAGGGGCCACCGAUUCCACAGCAGGAAGCACACAGGAUACGGGCCUAAUGAAGUGCGCUUCCAUUCUCACCGAUGGUGACAGCCUGAAUGGGGGGGCGGGACUGUUGCUCUCUGAUAAUCUCACACCCACCAAGCUCUGCAAAGAAGCAAAUGGAGCUGCAGGUGGUGGCAUAAUACUCGGAGGUCAAAUGAAGCAGAACUUACUGCUGUACGCACCGCAGCAGCAACAACAACCACUACAACAAUCACACCACUUGGAGCAUGCCUUGCAGCUGAACGUGAAUAUGAUGAACGCUGGAGCAGCCUCCCCACCAGCGGGGACGCCUCUCCUACUGAGCAAUGGACUCGCCUACUGCUCACCACCCACCUCUAUGCGCAACUAUCAGGAGAAGAAUCCUGAUCUCGUCAACGAUGCCGAGAGCGUCAAGCACAAGCUAAAGACGGCAGUCUCACUCGAUGGGGCAUCGGACUACGAUGCGGCUAGCGAUUGCUCUGGACCUUGCAGCAUACAGAGCGGUCUCUCGCAGACCCCCGUGCAGUACGACGGGUGCUAUCAGCUCGCCACUCCUCAGUUGCUUGCACGCAUGCCACCGUCUUCGGUGGCGGGCAACAUGAGCUCUCGUUUUGCGGCUGCGAUGACGACAUUACCGCGCGGCAUGCAACUUAAAUCGGUGCUAAGCAGCGGUGCAUCUACAGCCGCUCCCCAGCAUCAGGUAGAUGUGCAUCUCAAUCCUGUUUGUUUUUUGGGCCAGGACGGUUUCGCCUACGACUACAGCAGUGCGCAUUUGGUGCCGCAGCAGACACCACCAGCCACCCAUCCUCACCAGCAACAGCAACUUCAGUUGCAGGCAGCGCAACAGCAGAACUUCUACCGAACUCUGCCGCACAAUCGCGCCCACAAACAGCAACAGUUUGCUGCCGCUUCAGCGGCUCAGAACUCGAACAUGCGCUACAGUCUGGAAGCGGAGUUCGUACAGCGUUCUAGCACGCCCACCGGCUAUGAGAAAUAUCUGCCCAAUGUACGCUUCACCGCAGAGGGCUAUCCCUCGUCCCAACAGCAGCACCAACAGCAGCAGCAGCAGCAGUUUCCUUCGCCACCCGAGGGCUACAAGACCAGUGACGGCCAGCUGCCCAUGUCAAUGCCGCUACCAAUGCCCGCCUUUCAGCAGUGGCCCAGCUGUCUGCCCGGGUAUCAUCAGCAGCAAUCGCCUUCUCAGGCGCCACCGGCAACAGUUGCAUCACCAUCAACAACUACCUCAAGUCAGCCAACGAGCGGAAGUAAACGCUGCACUUCAGCACAGCCAGACAACUCCACAAUACUCGAGUGCGAUGAGAGCGAGGCAUCGCCAUUGGCCACCAGGGCUGCUGGUGAGGCCGAGGAGGAUGCGGCAGCUGCAGCGGAAGAAGCGGCCGACAGCACUAAUAGCGCAGAGGAUACGUCUAAGCUGAAACAACUAAAUGGACCGCUUGCUGACAGUCCAGAUGAGGGCUAUGUGGGUGAUGCCCAAGAAACGAGCGAUAUAUGACAGCGGAGCGGUAGCGCCUCGAAUCAGAGCGCUGCCUACCCCAGCAGCGUGAAUGCCUUAGACGAUUCAGUGGCUUUGUAAUUGGACGCCCAAGCAAAAGGCGUGCCAGCUUAAUUAGAUGUAGGCUUAUGUUAUUUUUUGUGCUCUCCCAUCAGUUCCACCAUUUCCGAAGCUCGCCCAUUUUAGCUCUUUUUUUCUCUAGUAGAACUAGGAUUGGGUGAAAAUGAAUUAGUGAGGACAGAACAAAGGC